AUGGCAGCAACAUUAAAACCAUACCUAAACGCUGUUAGGUCGACCUUAACGGCCGCCAUGUGUCUGGAAAGUUUCAACUCCCAAGUCGUGGAGAGACACAACAAACCCGAAGUCGAAGUUCGGAGCAGUAAAGAGUUGUUGUUGACACCUUUGGUUGUGAGUCGAAACGAGAAAGAAAAAGUCUUAAUAGAGGGUUCUAUUAACUCAAUUCGUGUGAGCAUUGGUGUAAAGCAAGCUGACGAAAUUGAGAAGAUUUUAUGCAAGAAAUUCAUGCGAUUCAUGAUGCAACGUGCGGAGCACUUUUUCAUUUUGCGAAGGAAGCCAGUCGAAGGGUACGACAUCAGCUUUCUUAUAACCAACUUCCACACGGAGCAAAUGUACAAACACAAGCUAGUCGACUUUGUUAUUCAAUUCAUGGAGGACAUCGACAAGGAAAUAAGCGAAAUGAAAUUAGCAGUGAACUCAAGAGCACGUAUAUGUGCAGAGGAAUUUUUGAAAAACUUUUAA